AUGUGGAUAGGGAGUAGAGCGUGCUGGGUGCUUGGCGUGCGUGAGCGCCAAGCCGCCAACACGAACGCACGCAGACGUGCAAUCGUCCUCGCGCACACUGCUCGAGAUGUCCGACAUUUAGCUCACGCGCAGGACCUCCCGUUCGAUCCCCUCUCACGCUCGCGAUGCCGCCGCCUGCCUCUCCGGUCGCUGCCGGGCGUCUCCGGCGCCUCCGCUACGCCGGCGACCCGGGCUCCUCUUCUGGUUUACGGUUUACCGCCGCCGCGAUUCGCUAUCGCACCCCUUCCACAACCCCGCGAAACCCUAGCCCCAUCGGUGCCGGCGCCGGCGCGGCGCCCGUUCACCCGCGCCUCCGGCUGCGCCUCCACGUCGAUCUCGGUCGACCACGCUGCCUCAGCGACCUCUUGGACCCCGCGCCCAGGUCCUUCUCAGCACCAUCAACCGCGAGCUGCUGAUGCCGUCGACCUUGGUCGCUCUGCACCCCACUCCAACGCGCUCGUCGACGUGCUGCCUCCCGUGGCGCUCUUCAGCAUCUCGCUGCUCGGGCCGUCGGUGAAACUAACGUUUUAUUAUACUCGGCUCCUGAUAUCCAAUUUGGAGACCUUGCUCUCCACUGCUGUUGCAAUAAUGCAAGUGAGAAAGAAGGAACAAAGACGUGCCUCAACUCUUAGCAUGCCAGAAGUUGUCCACUUGGUUGAUAUGAGAUCAUGCUUACCAAAAGCAAAAUUCAUGUUCCUGAUAUUAUUGUGAGUAUCCUUUGUGGGUUAACUAAUCUUACUCUGAAAAAAGGAGGCACGUUGAUUUCCUUCUGUGGGAUAGUGAUUACUUAUGUCAUUUUGAGUAUCUAAAUCUUUGUAUUCACAUUUUUUUCUUUUUCCAUGUUCUGCUCUUUUAAUGCUGACUAUCUUCGUUUGCAUGAUCUCAUAUAUACUCUUGCUCAACGUGAUGUACAUUGUAUCUCUGGAGAAAUAACUUACAACACUGGUUUCCUUCAAGUAGCCACACUGUAAGCCUUGGAUUAAUGUGAAUCAUCUAUACUCUUGCUUA